AUGAGCAUGGGCUGUUGUCCGUUGAAGCUGGUGAUUUUCCUGUGGUGCUUGCUGGUGAUUUCUGGCUCCAGUUUCGAGAUUGGCUCCUAUGAUCUGGAACGAGGCAGACCAGCCAAGUGUGAGCCCAUAGUCAUACCCAUGUGUCAGGGGAUUGGUUACAACUUGACCCGGAUGCCCAAUUUCAUGGACCACGACAACCAAAACGAGGCGUCCAUCAAGCUGAACGAGUUCGCCCCGCUGGUGGAGUACGGCUGUGAUGUGCACCUCCGCUUCUUCCUCUGCUCCCUCUACGCCCCCAUGUGCACGGACAAAGUGUCCACCUCCAUCCCAGCGUGUCGGCCUAUGUGCGAGCAGGCCCGGCAGAAAUGCUCCCCCAUCAUGGAGAAAUUCAACUACGCCUGGCCGGACUCGCUGGACUGUUCGAGGCUGCCCACCAGGAACGACCCUAAGGCUCUGUGCAUGGAGGCCCCGGAGAACGACACCAGGGUGGAGACCAAGAAAGGAGAAGGUAUGCUUCCCGUACCUCCUCGUCCCAGACAGCCGGGCGGCAGUGGCGGGCGCUCAGCAGGCGGCCUGGGGAGCUGCGAAAACCCAGAGAAGUUCCAGUAUGUAGAGAAGAGCCAGUCGUGUGCGCCGCGCUGUUCCUCCGCUGUGGACGUCUUCUGGUCCAGACGGGACAAGGACUUUGCCUUCAUCUGGAUGACAGUGUGGUCCACGCUAUGCUUUGUCUCCACCGCCUUCACCGUCUUAACCUUCCUCCUGGACCCUCACCGCUUCCAGUACCCCGAGCGGCCCAUCAUCUUCCUCUCUAUGUGCUACAACGUUUACUCUGUGGCCUUCAUCAUUCGCUCGGUUGCUGGGGCUGAGAACAUUGCCUGUGACCGAGAGAAUGGUGAGCUGUACAUUAUUCAGGAGGGUCUGGAGUCAACAGGCUGCACCAUAGUCUUUCUCGUUCUCUACUACUUUGGCAUGGCUUCCUCCAUUUGGUGGGUCAUUCUGACUCUCACCUGGUUCCUGGCUGCGGGAAAGAAGUGGGGCCAUGAGGCCAUUGAAGCCCACAGCAAUUUCUUCCACAUGGCUGCCUGGGGCAUACCCGCCCUCAAGACUAUAGUAAUCCUCACCAUGAGAAAGGUGGCCGGAGACGAGCUGACAGGGCUGUGCUAUGUGGGCAGCAUGGACGCCGGGGCGCUCACGGGCUUUGUGCUCAUCCCUCUCUCCUGCUACCUGGUCAUUGGUACCUCCUUCAUCCUCACAGGCUUUGUGGCGCUCUUCCACAUCCGCAAAGUGAUGAAGACGGAGGGCACCAACACGGAGAAACUAGAGAAGCUGAUGGUGAAAAUCGGCAUCUACUCCAUCCUCUACACAGUGCCCGCCACCUGCGUCAUCGUCUGCUACUUUUAUGAGAGGCUCAACAUGGACUACUGGAAGUUUCGUGGGCUGGAAGGGAAGUGCGUGUCCUUCCCCGGUCGCAGGAACGUGGACUGCUCACUGGAGACGUCCGUGCCCACCGUGGCGGUGUUCAUGCUUAAGAUCUUCAUGUCUCUGGUGGUGGGCAUCACCAGUGGCGUGUGGGUGUGGAGCUCCAAGACCUUGCAGACCUGGCAGGGCCUGUGCAGUAGAAAGCUGGCGGACAAGAGUGGCGUUAGGAAGCCCUGCAGUGGCGUCAGCUGUAGCAGCACGCACUGUCAUUACAAAUCCCCUGCGGUGGUGCUCCACAUGGCCAAGACAGACCCUCACUCAGACAGCCCCACACAUGUCUGAGAGGGAGCGUUGCAGGCAGUCGUGCACGUGCUCUCGCACGCGGUACACUGACCUGCAAGGGUGCAAACACAAACAUACACACACCUCUAUGCCCUGUGUGAGGAGCUGCUAGAUAGACUUUGUAAUAGUGGG